UGCAAACACUGAGCCCUGAUGCCUGCAACCACAGAAAAAGACCUCUUGCUUCUAAUUAAAGAAGGUGAAAGGUGAAUUCAACCUCACUGCUUGGCAAGGCUAAGUCCUGGAAAGUGGAAAGAUUUGGGAAAGCAUCAGGGAGGAGCUGCUAAAUUUGCAGAGGAGCCAGAAAACAGAGGAUUAAAAUUAAAGGGACUGGUCAUUACUGGCAGAACGGCAGUGUUAUUCAAGCUGCUUAAGGGAAAAGGGAGUGUGAGUGUGAGAGAGAGAGAGAGAAUAAAACUGGACUUCAGUUUUCCAAGGAAGAACUGAGAGUCAGAAUCUCCAGCAGCAUGUCCCUGGCUGGCAUCAUAGUUGCCAGUCUGUUGCUUCUAUAUGUCCUUACCUUACAGCAUUUCCGCUGCUCAGAGAAUCCAAGGCAUCCAAGACUGCGUCUCUCACAUAAAGAGUUGUGGGAGCUGAACAGGAGCAUGGUUUUCCAUGGGCCCCGGGGAUUUCUGGACUUGCAAACAGUGUUUUUGGAUGAGUAUCAGGAUCGUCUGUUUGUGGGAGGCAGAGACCUCGUUUAUUCACUCAGUUUGGAUCACAUUGACAAGAAUUACCAAGAGAUUUACUGGCCAGCUACAAAAAGUCAAAUUGAAGAAUGCAGAAUAAAAGGCAAAGACUUGAUGUCAGAAUGUGCAAAUUUUAUCCGUGUUCUUCAUUCAUACAAUCGAUCUCACCUCCUGGCCUGUGGGACAGGGGCCUUCGAUCCAGGCUGCGCCUUUAUCAGAGUGGGUCGUUGGGCUGAGAACAGAAUCUUCAAGAUGGAAUCUCAGCAAGUUGAGUUUGGGCGAAACAAAUGCCCCUUCGAUCCGAGCAAGUCUUGUACCUCCACUUUGGUUGAUGGGCAGCUGUAUAUCGGACUCUACACUGAUUUUUUUGGAGAAGAUCCUGCAAUAUUUAGAAGUUUGGGCUCUUCUUUGACAACCAGAACAGAACACGAUGACCGACUACUGAAAGAGCCCAAGUUUGUUGCUGCUCACCUGAUUGCAGACAAUGAUGACAGAGAUGAUGACAAAGUUUACUUUUUCUUCACUGAGAAAGCCCUGGAGACAGAGGGAGGUAGCCCUGCGCACUAUUCCAGGGUGGGAAGGCUUUGUGCUAAUGAUAUUGGAGGACGACGUGUGCUGGUGAAUAAAUGGAGCACUUUCAUCAAAGCCAGACUGGUCUGCUCAGUGUUGGGACCGAAUGGGAUUGCCACACAUUUUGAUGAAAUGGAGGAUGUGUUUCUGAUACAGACCAGAGACCAUAAAAACCCAGAUAUUUAUGUUUUAUUCAGAACUACAAGCAAUGUAUUCCAAGGGUAUGCUGUCUGUGUCUAUCACAUGUCUACUAUCCGUGAAGCAUUCAAUGGACCCUAUGCACAUAAAGAGGGACCUGAGUACCACUGGGCAGCGUACGAGGGGAAAGUGCCUUAUCCAAGACCAGGCUGUUGUGCUAGUCAGAUUAAUGCACCUCCUGGCGGUAAAUAUCGUUCGACAAAAGAUUACCCAGACGAUGUCCUUCGCUUUGUCCGCAGUCAUCCCAUUAUGUACCAAUCAGUCCAUCCUGUACAUGAGAGACCAGUGUUGUUGAGGACAAAUGGAAAACACAAUCUGAAGCAGUUAGUGGUUGACCGUGUCGAUGCUGAAGAUGGUGAAUAUGAUGUCUUAUUCAUUGGCACAGAUGCAGGAAUAGUAUUAAAAAUUAUUACAAUUUACAAUGAGGAAACUGAAACGAUGGAGGAAGUGGUGUUAGAGGAGCUCCAUGUUUUUAAGGUGCCAACACCAAUUAUCACCAUGGAUCUUUCUGUUAAACGGCAAACUUUAUACAUUGGCUCAAAGUCAGGUAUUGCUCAGUUGAGGAUUCAUCAGUGUGAUAUGUAUGGUUCUGCCUGCACUGACUGCUGCCUGGCUAGAGACCCUUACUGUUGCUGGGACGGUGUGUCCUGUACCAGGUAUUAUCGACCUGGGACACCUGCUAAAAGGCGUUACCGUAGGCAAGAUAUUCGACAUGGUGAUGCCAUCCAGCAGUGCCUAGACCAAGAGCCGAAUGGUGAAACAUUCACAAAAACAGGAGAAAGGUUAUUAUACGGCGUUGAGAAAAACAGUACCUUGCUGGAGUGUAAUCCCAGAUCGCCACAAGCGAAGGUGUUGUGGUUUGUGGAAGCAAAGAACAUGAAACAAGAUGAGAUCAAAACUGACGAUCGGGUGAUUAAAACUGAGCUGGGAUUGCUCUUCCUCAAACUUCACAGAAUGGAUGCUGGAACAUACAUCUGCAAGGCAAGAGAACACGGCUUCACUCAGAUAGUGACAAAAAUCAAACUGGAUGUUUUGGUAGAGGAGCAAAUAGACAGUAUGUUUCACAAGACUGAAGGAGAGGAGAGACCUCACAAAAUACCAUGCACAGUGCAAUUUGGGAGCCAUCAGGGAAGCAGGCCAUGGUACAAGGAAUUUCUCCAGCUAAUAGGUUACAAUAACUUCCAGAGGGUGGAGGAGUACUGCCAGAAAGUGUGGUGCAUUGAAAAGAAGAGAAAGAAAAGCAAAGUGGCAGGCAGCAAAUGGAAGUACAGCAGCGUACAGGAGAGAAAAGUGAAAACUCGAAGUCAGACAGAACAUCGUCGAGCACCAAGGCAUGCCUUAGAUACAUGAAAGGAGAAACAGAAACAUCUGAGUCUCUUUUACAAAAAAAUGAUACAAUUGUGAUAAAAAUGUCAAAGAAAUGUUUUAACAAACGUAUCUCCUGUCUACAAGAUGCACAACAGGUGACCUAUUUGACAUAAUUGGACUUGAAUAUUAAGCUUUCAUUUACUCCAUGUGCACAUAGGUGUGUGUGUGUAUGCACACUCAUGUGUGUGUCACUGUUGUUGGUAACAGUUCUUGUAACAUCACAGAAUGUGUACUUUAAGGAUUAACAUGCUUCUUAAAAUUCAAGACCAUUGUUGUAUAUAAUUCCACAGAGCAUUUCAAUUAACCCUGAGUAGUUUGCAUAGUUAUCUUUUCCAUGAUGCUGUUAUUGUUCAUUCCCCAAUUGUUUAAGGUUUUUCUUUAAUUAAACCUGUGGAUAGAUUGUUGUCUGAGCAGAAUCAUUAAAUUAUCUCUGUGACAAUA